AAGCUAGUUCUGACUUACUGGUCUAUAGACUGACAAUAAGCAGCAAGUGACAAAGUUCAGUUGUAAUACACGUUUGUAUGUCUUGGACUGUGUUCCAAAAGUAUCAAUCGUCUCUUACCACUAGGGAACAGAUAAAUAAAAACACACAUCGGCAUUCAUUUUGAAAGGAUGGUCCUGCUGAUACCGGAAGUGUUACACUUAAUGUUGUCAGAAAACACAGACGCAUGGGACAUACACGGAGUUAGUGAUAUAACAUCUCAACGUGUCAAGUGAAUAUACUGAUUCACCCAGCUGCUGUCAAGCGACUAAGACUCACGCUGUGCUUUGAAGACUCGUAUCAUCGCUUGUUUCAUUCGUUCAAGCUGGCAAAAGAGCCUGAAGUUCGCUGUUUAUAAUGUCACAGGCCACCAAACGCAAACACGUUGUUCAGGAGGUUCUGGGAGACUUUGUCACACCCACUGAAAACCAGCAGAUUGUGAAGGUCACUGGUAGCCGUGGCAACAACCUCCAUGAAGCUGUCACAGCUCAAGGUGAGACCUUCCUGUUGAGCAUGCCCACCAAGUUCCGCAAGAACCUCUGGAUUAAGAGAGGUGACUAUGUGAUUGUAGAUCCCAUUGAGGAAGGAGGAAAGGUGAAGGCAGAGAUCAGUUUCAUUCUCUACAAAGAUCACAUUCAGUACCUGCAAGAACAACAGCUCUGGCCAGAGGGGUUUAUUGAGGAGUCAUCGGAGCAGAAAAAGACAAACAAACAGCUGGGGACAGAAGAGAAAGAAGACGAGGAAGAGGUCAGCAACUCAGAGGAUGAUGAGAGUGACCUUUUUGUGAACACCAACCGUUGUAACUACCAGUACAGUGAGAGUGAGGAGGAGGACAGUGAGGAUGAGGAGGAAGAAAAAUAGGGAAGGACAGAAAAAAAAAUGGUUAGAUGCGGUUGGUGACACGGAGACAAUUGAGAGCUGUGAAAAUGUUGCGACAGUGACCUCUGCUGAGCUACUGCAUUCACUGACCGAUGCUGCUGAUGAAUGGAAGCAGUGGUCCUCAUGCAGCAGCUCCCUCUGCAGUUGUUUGACAGCCUGUUGGAGACGCUCAGUGGCUGUAUUCAUUAAAUCAGCUUUAACCUAUGGACAGAAUGUCUUGCAAGUACAAUUGUUAUCCAAACAAUAAUAAUCCAUCAGAUGUACACAUAGAUUGAUAGAAAUUCUCAAUAAUUACUUUCAACUGUUACACAUUACACAAUACCAUUACACAAUUUUAAACUCUGGCUGUACAUUUAAAAUCAUUAGGUUUGAUUAUUUAAGGUUUGAUGUGUUGUAUGUUUAGAGAGCUGGUUUCAAAUGAGCCCUCAAACCAGUGUGGCUAUUCUCCUCUGACAUCAACAAGGCAUUUUGGUCCAGAGAACUGCUGCUUUCAGUUUCUCUUUUAUGGAACAUUCUGUAUAAACCAAGUAGAUCAGAUCAGCGGAAUAUCUAGGAGAAAAGGCACAAGGUGGGUUCCCCCCCCCCUUCCUGACCUUGAAGAAAAGUGGCUGUAUUCAGUAUUCAGAUUGGACCUCAAACAGCCAAAGUGGAAUACAACAGUCUGUUUAUCCAUUCCAUCUCCAUUCAUUAUCUUUUCAAGGGUUGCAUUGCAGUGGGACUGGAACCAACCCCAGUUGACUCUGGGUGAAAGGUGCGGUACACCCUGGACUGGUCACCAGUCAAACACAGAUCUUACCCCCUAACAGCUAACCACUGGGAAAAAAAACCCAGAAUGCAUUUACAGUAAUAUUACAUGCUGAAAAACAUCUAGCUCUGUUUAGACUGUGGUGUACUUAAAGUGAGAGUUGUGAAAACACUUCCACCAAUACUUCAAAUAAAGAUACUGGCAAAUAUUCUCACUUGCUUUGCAGGUAUUUUACUUGAAGAAAUUGCAAUUAGAAUGUCAGUACCUUUACGUCCUGUAUUGCCCGAUCUUUGUCUUGAUUGUACUAUUACUGCUUUUUUUUUACAAAGAUCCACUCCAUGUCCUUUGUAUAAAGAAUUAA